UGUGACCUCAAAGGAAAUAUUGCUUUGUCUGAUAUAAAAAUCAGGAUGGCCAUUACCUGCUGUUCCACUGACGACUGCACACCUCCUGUUCCUACAUUAAUACCCAGCAAUGGUAACCCCAAUGGUCUGAUGUGUCCAACCUGUGACGCUAGUGGCUCCAUAACGUGUGAUGCUGUAGUAUCUCUGAAAUGCACUGGAAGUGAGGACAGAUGUCUUCUCAGGAUCUCAGAGCACAACUCAGGACAAUCUGUAGAUGUAUCAGCCCUUCAGGGGUGCGCAACCCAGAGCUACUGUGACCGUGGGAUUGAGUCUUAUACUAAAGGAGGAACAACAUUCAAGGAUAUUUAUUUCUGCUCCAGUGGAGGAAUAAGUGUCCAGAAAGUCGUCCUGACUCCGGCCGUCGUGUGUCUUCCAGGUCCGUGCGGCCGAUGAGAAUGUUCCCGUCAUUGUCAGAUCUUUCCCCAUUGUUUUUAAUGAUAAAACCUCAGAAAUUCUUCUUCAUGUCGAUUGAUGUUGUCUUAGAUUUUUCCUAUUGAAUACAUAAUAAAUGGCAUUGUACAGAAAGAUCUGUGGCCACGAG